GGGAAGGUGGGCGACGUACGGUACUGGGUGGAACUGUUUGUACCGCCCCAGUUGCUCAUUCAUUUUCCAUCACCAUCCCCUUUGGUACACAGCAUAGCAGAAGUCGGAAGUAGUAUCAUACUUUCUUUUUAUCCGUCAUUCGAUUGGAUCAUUUCCCAAUUGGAGAAUAGUGAGAAAUGAGUAGUGUCUCCACGAUCGACGAUCUUGCAUGUGAUCCAGAUCUUCAGACAGAUGACUACCUCGCGACGAAAAGCCAUGCUGUGAAUCCGGCCAGUGCCAUCUACUAUCCAUUUGUGGUGUGGGUUAUCGGGGUUUUUCUGUUCUUUCUGCUCAAGAGAUUCCGUUUUCUCUCUGCGAUUCCCUAUGCUGCUGCCAUGUUUCUGCUAGGGACCUUUAUGGGAAUGGGAGCUGAAUUUAAUGCAGCAUCAGACGAUUUGCUUACAGUGAGCAUUCAUCAGUGGGUCCGCAUUGACGGAAAUCUGCUCUUGCUGGUCUUUCUACCCGGGCUUAUCUUUAGAGAUGCGAUUGAAGUGGAUCUGAAUUUGUUCGUCUACUCUUUCUCCCAACUUUUGAUCUUGGCAUUUCCCAUGGUUCUAGUGGGAACCGGUCUCGUGGCGGUUGUGUGCGUCUACACACUCCCUAGCUCCUACAAUUUUUCAUGGUCAUUGGGGGCGACUCUGGGCAGCAUCUUAAGCUCGACGGAUCCGGUUGCAGUUGCAGCUGUCUUGAGUGAAGCAGGCGCCCCUCCUCGGCUAAAAAUGCAUAUCGCUGGCGAGAGCAUGCUAAAUGACGGGGCUGCACUUGUUUUCUACAGCCUCUUUAGUCAAAUCUAUUUGAGCCCGCUUUUGGGGGAAGAACCUAUUGGUUGGGGUGAAGGUAUCAAGUUGUUCUUUCAAGCAUCUCUUGGUGGAGUUGCCAUGGGCAUUGCUUUUGCACUUGGACUUGUCGCAUUACUUUACGAGUUGGAUAGACGGCUGGAUCCUGAAUACAACAGUCUACAAGUUGUGGGAGCUGUAUCUGUGGCAUACAUCAGUUAUUUUGCCGCAGAUAUGGUGCAGAUGAGUGGGGUCCUCUCAUGCUUGUUUUGCGGGAUUGGCGGCGCAUGGCUUGGGAAAGGCCUCAUCAAUGACAUUGAGAUGAUGGAUUCCUAUCUGAAGUUAAUGGAGCACAUGCUCAACAGUCUUCUAUUUGCACUGGGGGGUUCUAUUUGGGGAUCAAUUCUGUUCUCACAAAAGACUACAAAGAUUGGAUCGACCGAUUGGGGACAUUUGGUGGCCUUCUACCUACUGGUCUUGCUCAUUCGGUUCUUCAUUGUGGGCUUGUUCUAUCCCAUCUUGAGCCGUAUUGGUCUAAAAAGCAACUUGAAGGAAGCUAGCUUUCUGGCUUUUGGAGGGCUACGCGGAGCUGUUGGGAUUGCACUGGCAGCAUCACUCUUUCGAUCCGUCGUAACGCAGGAUUGUAGCCCCGAUUCGCGCUUUGAGCAGGACGCCACAAGGUUGGUUUUCUUAUCUGGAGGUAUCUCGCUUGGUACGUUGCUACUGAAUGGCACCGCAGCUGGUUGGGUGAUCAAAAAGCUCGAUUUGGCUCUUCCAGACACGGGUAAAACAAUGCAGGACGUUUUCGAAAAGAGAGAACGAGACUUUGUGGGUCAGGAGUAUGAAAAGUUGAUGCGCCAGGCAAGGUUUUCAGAAGUGGUUGACUUUGACAUUGUAAAGGCACAUGUUCCCAAGCUCACACGACAAUCAACUGCAGGCUCCACUUCCAAUGUUGCGGCCAUGUCAUCGUCGAUCCUUGAACCUCGAGGUUCGGGAACUGCUCGUCAUCACCAAACCAGUAUUGCACUAAUAGCUUUGGGCGCCGACACUCCCAUGGAUGAAAAGGUUGUGCAACUGAGAUUGGUGUUCCUGGAUAUGCUGAAAGAAACGUACGAGCACGCUGUGGAUAGGGGAGAAUUGGUGCAGGAGGGUGGAAACCGGGCUUUGGAUGUAAGCGCUUUUCGUCACAGUGUGGACUUUGCGGAAGCGGACGCCAAGCGUCAUGAGAUGAAUGAUUGGGAGGCUCUUCAAAUGUUCAGCACGGUGCACGAUGAUGCCAAGACAUUCAUUCAACAACGAAUACUGAGGGAGAGCUUUGGCGCGUACUUUGGUGGCAGUGUCACUGCCGGUAACGGCCAGCAAGAACGCCACAAGCACAACCACAUCGAGUACAAGAAGAAACGAGCUCGACUUCUUCGGGCAUUUUGUUUCAUCGAGGCUCACAAACGUGUUCAUAGACGGCUUGAAGUUUAUGUUGAUGCUGUGAUUGAUGAAACCAGCAGCAGAGAGGACGAGGAUGAGCGUGUCGACAAUGAAGCUCUUCAACGUGCGCUUCAAACGGUGUUGGAUGAAAGCAGCGCUGAGGUGGAAAAGGCUGCCUCAGUGGUUGAAGAAGUCACAGACGACCAGCGUCAAAUCAUACUGUCACAUUAUGUCGCGACAAUUAUCCUCAACCGUCUAAUCAACAUGAUUGAAGAAUCGGCGAAAGACGGACUUUUGCAUUACGAUGAAGCGCGGUCCUACAUUUCAAAGAUUGAGAGUGAUUGCUUGCCAAACCACCAUAUACACGGGCACGUAUGCGAAUGUCUAGUUGAGCAUUCGAAGAGAAAGCAUGAGCAGACCCAAAGUCAACCAGACGUAGACACCAAAGAAGCAUAGCCACCUUGACAAUCCUGGUGGUAAAUCCUGGUGGUAAAUGAUUGGGACAGCAGGAAAGAGUUGUUACAGUGACGCGACGGUGGUAAGUGCGACCCUUGGUCUAUCAGCGGGAACAUGGCAAAUGUAGGAAGUUGCAUGUUCGCUCUUCCGCGUAAGCUCCACUCUCAAAGAUGCAGGGGGCUCUAUAUCAGUAGCCCGGUGGAGCCAUGCUGCUAUGAAUGGGCUCCUCGCCCAACUUUGAGGCGAGAUACCAGUACGGACAUGCCACAGCAUCGAGCGAUCGAUUCAUCUUUCCGAUGAAACUCCCUUGGCGCGAUCGCAUCGGGGCAACGUCCAAGUAAGCAUGCUCUGCGGUGUGCUACCUGUACGGGAGUUCAUUAGAACGGAGAUGCCCAAUGAGAUACCCGUAUCGUGGACCGGAACACCAUUAUUGCGGUAAUGGAAGUCGAGUGUGAUCAACUCUCACCGAAACGACCUUGCACAACCGGAGCUACCGGAGCUAGCUAGCUAGAGGGGUACAUGUGGGACCUCGACUUGACUCGUCUGACUCGACUCGACUGUCACUCGACACUCUGGCAUCACAGCCAUCGAGCCAUAAAAGAUUUAACAAAUUUAACAGGAACUACUUCUGGAUAGCGGUACUGCGACUAAAAGAAAAGAUGCGAUGUGACCAAGUUGCCUCCAAACUUGAACAUAAGAUUCUUUUUUUAACAGAAUAGGUGGACGUUAUUAGAUUUGGCCCA